AUGGAAAUUGCAACUCAAAAUUCAUUAGAUCGCAGCAUAUUAGUGUCCGUCAAUACAAUGCGUGAGAUAUUACAUGAAGAAAAAAUAUCUGUCUCAGAUUGUGGUAGUUGGAGAUCAGUCUGCUGUAAGUGUUCAAUUACCGCGUGCACAAAAUAUUUGUACAGGUGUCCACUUGAAUUACGCAUGAAAUCAACAUCUGGCCAAGGAUAUGCAACAAUACGUUCAAAAGCGCCUGAUGAACUGAAAAUCACAGAUUUUAAUGAUAUAUCAAAGGAUGUGUUAUCACCGUUUAAAUUAACAAAUGAUUCAAUACAUGGAAUCAAUGUUGAUUGUUUAUUUAAAUAUCCGGAUAGUUAUUUAACUAAAUUGGUUGCGGAAGGUGGUAUAUCAGUCGAUGGCCAUCGUCAAAAUUUACUGAUAAUAGAUGAAGAGCCUUCAAUAUUUGAAUCAAUAUUAACAUAUUAUCGUUAUGAUAAAUGGUUAUUACUACCAAAACAGUUUGAAUCGCUUGAGAAAUUAAUUAUUGAAAAAUAUAAAUUGCCAAGUGAUUUGUAUAAAAGGAAACUCUCCGUUGUAGUUCAAGUCCCAUUUUAUGUGAUCGUCCAAGGUAUUGAUGCUGUGGGUGGCAGUAGUAGUCGACCUAGAAAAACAAUCACAGAACCAGAGCCAUUUCAUAUACCAGAAUUAAGAAAUUGUCCGUAUUUUAAAUAUUAUAAUAGACGGAUGGAAAAUAUUAGUUACUCAUCCUACAUCGAAAUUGUUAAUUAUUUAUGUUCGAAUGGUUAUACAAUUGAAAAAUGGGACGAUGAAAAACAUGUUGUUAAAAUGAAAAAAUUAGAAAAAAUUGACGAUGAAGAAUGA